UCCUCCAAAAAAACAUGCCACAUGUCUUCACAGAGCUCACAUUAGGGGCCUGCUCAGACCCUUAAUCCAAUUAUAAUCCAAAAAGCUCAGAUAACGAAACAGUUCGAUUGCCCAGUCAAAUCAUAGCAUAAUAAAAUAAAUCACGAGUCCAAAGCCUUUCUAAGCUAAAGACCACAAGAUUUAAAAGAUUUAUUAGAAAAAUCCACCCAAAUUAGCAUAUUGGAAUCUCACGGAUUACACGUCAACCUGCACAAGAUCAAAACGUAAAAAUAGUGGUCGUUUGCAGAUCCCCAGAUGUUAGUACAUUUCAGACAAACCCAAAAGAGAGAAAUUUAAGACUAAUUAGCCUUAGCCCAUGAUCCAUCUCAGAGCUUUGGAAUUUGACACAGUCUACUAAGCUAAAAAGAAUGAUUUUGUGUAUAUUUAUAUAUGCAAUGUAUAUACAUACAGUGGUCGGUUGGGCUUCCCAAUAUAAUUGUGUGGAGUACACAAGAUCACAUGCAAAAUCGGGAGAGCUUGCAAAACGUCACUUGUUGGAUGUUUGUAUUUGUUUCUUCUUGGCCCUUCUCAUUUCUUUUCUCUUUUGUUUAAGCUCUAGGUAAACAGUGUGAAUUGUUCAAUCCCAUUUCUUGCAAUCGAUCUGACAUUUGUGCAGAGGCCAUGAUGUGCUGCUGCUGCUGCUGUUAUAUGCUCUGUAUUUCCUUGUGAGAAACUUGGUACAGUGUCCUUUUUAUUUCUCCUCCAGUACAAGUCACAGUCUGGUACUAAAUCAGUCAAAAACAAGGAGCCUUCUUGGAGGGUGCCCCUGGUCAUAGUGGGGAUCCUCUGGUUUUGUACUUUGUCUGCAUGUAACAGAGCUCUGACCUUCGGAAAUUCUGGGCUUCCUCAAUUGGCUUGACUUUUACUUAGCCUAGAUCUUGGUUACAGAACUUGUUUAAGUAUAAUGAAUUUGUGUUCCUGAGUCAGACCCACUUUCAGAAAUUUGGCGUUCCCAUCAGGUUUUUGCAGGGAACCCAAAUGAUACAUUGAAAAGGAAUAGCCUGGGCAACAGCAAAAGAGCAUUAUUUCGUUCUGCAUCUACUAGUACAGGAUAUUGAAUUGUGCUUUGUGGUAAGGAGGAAUUUGCACAAUGGGUAAGGCUAUGAGAUGGAUUAGAAGCAUCCUUGGAAUGAAAAAAGAGGCCAAGCAACCCCGUCAAAGCCUACCUCUUCUUCAAGAUGAUAGACAGGAAUUAAGAUCAGGAUCAGAUGUGUCUACUAAGUCAAAAUCAAAGGAUAGACGGCGAUGGAGUUUUGGUGGAAGAUCUGUUAAAAAUGCAGAUACAUAUUCAGACCAUGGUUCUGAACUUCUUGCAGAGCCCAAGGCUUUGUACAUUGAGAAUCAUAGCUCAGGACAAGAGCACGAGCAAAAUAAACAUGCUAUAGCUGUGGCUGCUGCAACAGCAGCUGCAGCAGAUGCAGCUGUUGCAGCUGCCCAUGCAGCAGCAGCUGUUGUCCGGCUAACAAGUACUGGAUAUUCUUUUGCCUAUGGAGGCACAGACAUUGAGGAAUUUGCAGCCAUGAAGAUUCAGUCAGCAUUCCGAGGAUACCUGGCAAGAAAAGCACUAUGUGCCCUGAAGGCUCUGGUUAAAUUGCAAGCAUUGGUUCGUGGGAAUAUUGUGAGAAAGCAGGCAGCUGAAACACUGAAAUGCAUGCAAGCCCUUGUAAGGGUUCAGGCUCGAGUUCGUGCCCGCCGAGUUAGGAAGUCUGAGGAAGGACAGGCAGUUCAGACAAAACUUCUGCAAAGGCGCCAAGCGGAAUCUUAUUCAAAGAAAUCUGUGGAAGGAAGGAAUCUGAAUACUGCUGGUUUUGGUGAAUUGGAGGGCAGAGUGCAAAGCAGACAAACUACUACAGUAAAAAAUGAUAGAGGGUUACUUUCUGCGUACACUCAACAUGAUAUGGAGAGUAGCAGCUUAGAUGGAAGUGCAAAGAUUGUUGAGAUGGAUACUGGAAGAACAAAAUUGAGUUCAAAGAAAUGGAUGGCAUCAAUAUCAGAUUCUAUUUCAACAGAGCCAAGCAUAUCCUCCACUACUUCUGCACUUCAUUAUCCUCCACGUGCUAACCACAUUCCUCAAAUUUCUCAUCGAGUUCACCCUUCUCCAAACUCCAAAUACUCAAAUCCUACACAAGCUUCAAUUGAGACAAUCCCUCCAAUAUCUGGACUGUCCAUUCCUAGGCCAACAUCAGAUAUAUUAGUUUCUCGAGAUAUCAGCCCUCAAACUAUGUAUACAGAUUAUGGCUAUGUUGAAGAUGGUGCAUUUUCAACAGCACAGAGCAGUCCUCAAUUUGCAAGCUCAGCUGUCUCAGGUGGAUGGAAAAGAGGCCCAUUUACUCCUAGAAGUGGAUAUGCUGAGAGUUACCUUGAUGGUUAUUCUGCUUUUCCUAACUACAUGGCUAAUACUGAAUCUUCAAGAGCCAAGGUUCGUUCGCAGAGUGCUCCAAAGCAAAGACCAAGUACUCAUGACCGAAAUGCAGUAUUAUCGAAAAGGAGAAUGUCUUUGCAUACUGCAGUGGAUCACAAGUCAUACCUAAGUAGUGUGCAGAUGCAAAGAUCAUCUUCUAUGGUUCCAUCAGUUCGCAAUGGAUUUCAGUAUCCCAAUCCCCUUAGUCUGGACAAAUCAACUGUGUCUCUAAGACAUGGUGAAUUUGAUGUAGCUUCCAUGGCAAGUAGUCGCUAUUAAAUUUUUAAGUUGAAGUAUUGUCUUCUGUACAAAUUAACAAAGUGUAUCCAGAUUGAUGCAUGGUGGAUCAAGUUGAGUGCCACUUCCCUUAUUGUGUACUAGGUGCUUCAAGAUAUUUCACAGUAGUACUCUGAUGUGCCCUUUUAACCUAUAAUCCUGAGCACUUUCAAAAGUAGGAGAAUAUCAUUAUGAUUGAUUUGUAUAAUAGAACAAAACAGUUUUGAGUUCACAAAAAAGCUGCAAUUUUUAUAUGUUGAUUUUCUAGUUGCUAUUAUUAUUAGCACCUUGAAUUGUAGCUUGGUCCUAGACUCCUGAUGAGUAGAAGAGAACACAGGAUAAUCAUGUUCUUCACAAAAACCAAGGAUUGAUAAUUCCUGGACCUGUGAUUCUGUAAAUGUUUUUCUUAUUGAAGCUAAUUGUAGAAGUAUAGCUGGUGUCCUAAUUUCUAUACCAUUCAUGUAAGGCUAAAUGACUCUCUACAAAUGUUACAGUUCGACUGCACUAAUUCACCAUGAGACCAUCUUUUCUGGUCCAUGCAUGCUCUCCUCCUUUGUACACAGAAUUUUGUUGUAUCGAUCCAUUCAACGAUCAAAAAAGGAUUCACACUUUUGUGAACAAAAUCAUAAUAUCAAUGGACAAACUUUUUGAGCCUAUAA